AUGCCUGUGCCCCCGGUACGAUCGUGCCGCAGUGAGAUCCCGUCUGAAGACUUGCGCCGUGAGUUUGGGCGUUAUGGGCCCAUAGUUGAUGUUUACGUUCCACUUGACUUCUACACUCGUCGUCCCAGAGGAUUUGCCUAUGUUCAAUUCGAAGAUGUCCGGGAUGCAGAGGAUGCUCUUCACAACUUGGAUCGAAAGUGGAUUUGUGGUCGGCAGAUAGAGAUCCAGUUUGCACAGGGAGAUCGAAAGACACCAAACCAAAUGAAAGCCAAGGAAGGGAGAAACCUGUACAGUUCUUCCCGUUACGAUGACUAUGACAGAUACAGACGAUCUCGGAGUCGCAGUUACGAGAGGAGAAGGUCUAGAAGUCGUUCCUUUGAUUACAGCUAUAGAAGAUCCUAUAGUCCCAGAAACAGUAGACCUACUGGAAGACCUCGCCGUAGCAGAAGCCAUUCGGACAACGAUAGGUUCAAACACCGCAAUCGAUCUUUUUCAAGAUCUAAGUCCAAUUCAAGAUCACGAUCCAAGUCACAGCCCAAGAAAGAAAUGAAGGCUAAAUCACGGUCUAGGUCUGCAUCUCACACCAAAUCUAGAGGCACUUCUAAAACAGAUUCUAAAACACACUAUAAGUCCAGCUCAAGAUAUGAGAAGGAGUCGAGGAAAAAAGAACCAGCUAGAUCCAAAUCACAGUCAAGAUCACAUUCUAGAUCUAGGUCAAAAUCCAGAUCGAGGUCUUGGACUAGUCCCAAGUCCAGUGGCCACUAACAGUGUAUCCAUGUUGGUUUAGGCAUGUAAGAUUCAUUUACACACAGUUCAGUUUACUUAAAUUAUCAGGAAUAUGAUGUUGCAACAGUGCUAAAAACUAUUUUCUUUGUCAGUUUUCCCUGUAGCCAACAAUGGUUAAAAUUAAAACAAUGUUGAGAAGCCACAGAAAAAGAGAGAGAGAGAGAGAGAGAGGGAGAGAGAGAAUGUCCACGUGGUUACAUGUCCUGGGCAGCUACUGAUUUGGUUGUGGUGUCUCUAUGUAUAUUUUUGUAAAGAUUUGCAUUUUUAAUGCUUAGAUAUUGGUGAUGAAUCGAUCGAUCGUAACUUGCAACAUUGUCCUAUUACAAAUGUCAUACCCUUAGAGAAAUUGGUACCAGUUUGUGCUAAACAGUUAAACCAACUGGGUUAACUGGUUCUUUUAACACUAAAAGGAAAAACUGGACAGCUGUAGUGCAACACUGGCUGC